AUGACGCCGGUGCUACUGUUCACCGAGUGCCGCCCGCCGCCGAACCUCUUCCGCUGCCGUGAUCUGGUGAUGCACGAAGGGCCAAUCUGGCUCUACCACGUGGCACCUGCUGCCAUGGGGGAGCGUCUGCAGCCAAUCGGAUCGUGCCAGCUGGCGCACCCGACGACCCUGGCGGAAGUGGGCAGGGCGGAAGGGGGAGCACAGGAAGGGCGGGACGCGGCUCGGAGAAUAGGAGAAGCGCACGAAGCGGAACUAGUGGGGGCGCCCGAGGAAGCGCGAGGUUCGGUGCGGCUAAUGCUGGAAUUGCGGACACCCCAAGGGACGUCUCGAGAGGCGCCGCGAGUGGCUUACGCGUCGGUGCUGCACACGACAGAAGACUACGUGUGCGGCGCGAUCGUGCUGGCUAGGAGCCUGAAGAAGAGCGGGACGAAGGCGGACCUGGUGCUGCUGGUGUCGCGGGAAAUCAGCCGCAAAAGCCGCAAGGGACUGAAGAAGGCGGGGUGGAGGCUCAAGGAGAUCGAGCGGAUUCGUAACCCGCGCGCCGUGCCCAAGACUUACAACGAGUGGAACUACAGCAAGCUGCGUCUGUGGCAGCUUGAAGAGUACGACAAGGUCAUCUUUGUUGACUCAGACGUCCUUGUUUUAAAGAACCUCGAUUUCCUCUUCAACUACCCGGAGCUCUCAGCCCGCGGCAACGCGCGCCACCUCUUUAAUUCCGGAGUCAUGGUGCUAGAACCCUCCAACUGCACCUUUAAUCUCUUCAUGGCCCACGUCACCACCCUCACCUCCUGCAACGGCGGCGAUCAAGGGUUCUUAAACAAUGUUUUCGCGUGGUGGCACCGGCUGCCCGAGUCGGUCAGCAUGCUGAAAUAUUCCUGGAACGGGGACACUGGUGCGGGUGGGACGGCGCAGCGGGCGGCGAAGCGGGCGGCGCAGCAGGCGGCGCAGCGGGCGAUGCUAGACCGGGUGUUUUCGGCCGAGCCGGCGCGGCUGAAUGGGAUUCACUACCUGGGGCGGAAGCCGUGGCAGUGCUACCGCGACUUUGACUGCACAUGGCUGUACCCAUGGGACCACCAGUACGUGAGCGACGCCGCCCAUGCCCGCUGGUGGGCACAGCAUGACCAAAUGCGGCCGUCUUUGCAGGAGUACUGCUGGCUGCCCAACAGAUGGAAGGCGGAGAUGGAGUUUGGCAGGCGGAUGCUGAAGAAGGAGAAAGCCCCUGCAGCGUGA